GACCAGACAAACAGUGGCUGGUUUAUUGAGAACACCAGCAGCUGCACCACCUUUUUUCCAUGCGGUCGGGUGGACUAAAACUUCACUAGUUCCGGUUGUUUUUAAACGUACGUGUUUAAAUAACUGAUGAUAUUUAUUAAAACUGUUUAAUUUCUGAUAUAGUUGUUUAACGUUUGCGGAGGUUAAAAUUGAAGCAGCUUUGAAGAUGCGAGUUUUCCUCAUUUUGGUUCUUCUGGCGGUAUGUUGUUCAGCCAAAGUUGACAUGAAGAAAUACAGGAAAGCUUUGAAAAAGACAGGCGUGCUGAAGAAACUGUACAAAGAGAAGUUUGGCGAUGACAUGACGAGCGAGAAGCUGGCUAAUUUUAAGGAGGCUCUGCAGUUCGUAGUGGGGAACAAUGAUAACCCUGAUAUUGGGUGGGUGAGUGAUGUCAACUUCUUUGCACCGGAGAGCAAGGAGAAAAGGGAUGAUAUCUUGCUCAGACCAGAAGCUGGCACAGGAUUUGACUAUUCCGGAAUGACCUUCCCUUUGGGAAGUAACGAGAAAGAUUCUGUAGAUUGGGUGGCGGAUGGGUACGUGAGGGAGGUCCGGGACCAAACAACAGACUGCCGUGCUUGUUGGGCCUUCGCUGCACUCGUCUCCUUGGAGGGUAGAUACCAGAUCCUUACAAAUAGUGCAGUUGAGUUCAGUGUGCAAGAAUUAAUCGACUGCGUGUACUGGGCUGACGGAAGAGAUCAAGAUGGCUGUUAUGGAGGGACCUACAACGACGUUUAUAAAUUUAUUCAAAAGUUCGGGCAUCUUGCCGAGGAAGGAACAGCGUCUUAUAAGAGUGAAGCAGGGAGUUGCGAAUAUAACGAUGUAACUAACGGACUAGUCACUGCUCACCUUGACAGUACAACGCCUUAUACAGCGGUGGAUUACCAAGAUCAGACCAUCAUUGAUACGUUGUUGGAAGGUCCUAUUACCACUGCUGUACAUACCACUGAGGCUUUCCUCUUUUACAGCUCAGGCGUAUUCAGAGAUGACAGCUGUGAUACCUUGAUACCAAAUCAUGCUGUGGGACUGGUGGGAUACGACCAGUCCUCGUUCAGAGUAAAGAAUAGCUGGGGAACACACUGGGGUGAUGGAGGGUACAUGAGUGUAGCUCGGGGACACCACGGCUGUGGUAUUGUUUUCUACGGAGUUGUUCCUAACCUGGUGGAGGGUGCUCCUACCACUGAAACCAUCGCUCAACGAUCCGCCUGUUCGGAUAAGUGGGAGCCGUCGUUCUGUGCUCAAUAUCUCGCAUAUUGCGCAUAUUACAAGGAUUACUGUGCUGCGUCAUGUGGUGUCUGUUAGUUUUCAAGUGGACGUUUUCGCUUCGGCGUGUUGCGCGCAUUACCAUGCAUGCUUCGCUUGGAGAAAUUGUAGCAGGAGCUACGAGCUGGAAAGGAUUGAUAUCGUCAAUCAACCUGAAGCCAGGAAUUAUAUCAGAAUUGCACGCACAGACUACCUCGAGCCCCAUUGGUCGAGAGCAAGUUUAUAAGAUUGGAAUAUGUUUCGUGAAUAUGUCAUUAUCAACUUUCUGGUUCGUAAAACUAAUUUAUUUAGUUUUCGUGUUAAAUCAUGUUUCAUAUUGUACGAGCAAACUAUUUCAUCUUUUAAGUUCAUACUCAAUUUAGUAGCCAGUUGACUCGACACUAUGUAGAAAAAAUUAUGUACAGUCGGCUUGGUUCAAACGACUCAAUGAUAACAAUACAUACUUAAAAACGUACUUCUAAUCAG